UUUAUUUUACGACGUUGGAGAACCUGCGUAGUAUCUAUUGAUUUUUUCUCUAAACCUUCCUAUAGAAAGGUUUGAUCAGACAUGGAACAAGUUGGAGAAUUACUUACAAAUGUAGAAGGUUUUAAACCUUUGGUUAUUUUAAUGGAAAUCAUUGGGGCAGUACUAAUAAUUCUAGUUGCAGUGUGGUGUGGUAAUUAUAGAGGUGGUUUUGCUUGGAAUUCUAAUCCAAGCUUAGAAUUCAAUUGGCAUCCUCUAUUAAUGGUUAUUGGAUUUGUCUUCCUAUAUGCCAAUGGUAUGUUAAUAUAUAGGACACAAAGGAAUACACGAAAACGAAGACUCAAACUAAUUCAUGCUGGUAUAAUGUUAUCAGUUGUUGUAUUAGUUAUAAUUUCUCUUGUGACUGUAUUUGAUAGUCAUAACUUGAAUCCUGAACCAAUUCCAAAUAUGUAUAGUCUUCAUAGUUGGAUUGGACUCACUAGUGUAAUUUUAUUUUGCUGCCAGUGGCUUGCUGGAUUCCUUUCUUUCCUAUAUCCAGGAUUACAAGUCCCAUUACGAGCCUCUUACAUGCCUAUUCAUGUAUAUUUUGGAAUCGCAGGAUUUGUUGGUGUGAUAGCUUCUUGUCUUCUAGGACUCAAUGAAAAAGCAAUCUUUGCUUUAGGAAAAAAUUAUUCAAAGCUUAUAGAUGAAGCAGUAUUAAUUAACGUGAUUGGACUUCUAUUAAUUCUUUUUGGUGGAUUAUCAGUUUAUUUGGUGUCACAAGAACGUUAUAAACGUUUCCCUAAACCAGAAGAUGAAGCAUUAGUUAGUGGCAGAGCUCAGUAAAUAGUCAUAGUAUAUAAGAAAUUUAUUUGUUUUUUUUUUACUAGA